AUGGGGCUGGAGCUGUACCUGGAUUUGCUCUCCCAGCGCCAAUGCGUCUACAUGUUCGCCUUCAACUUUAAGCCCAUGGAGCUGCUCAAAGGGCUCAACAUUCAAGAAUUUAGCAACAUAAACUCCCUGAAGAAAGUACCUAUACUGAAGGAUGGAAGCUUCACGUUAGGAGAGAGCACUGCGAUUCUUCUGUACCUGAGCCGGAAGUACAACUUUGGUCUCAUGGAGAACAGCAAGAUCAUGCAGGAAAGCCAAGAGUCUUUGGGAGAUUUGGUGGUGAUUCCCCUAUUCACAGGAAAGCCAAUACCUUUACAGAAGCUGCAGGAGGCUUUGGAUGAGCUGAAUAAUUCCCUGAAAAAGUUCACAGAGAAGUUCCUGCAGGACAAGCCCUUCAUUGUGGGCAGCGAGAUUUCUCUGGCAGACCUGGUGGCUAUCACAGAGCUCAUGCAGUGAUCCGUAGGUGCUGGUUGCAACAUCUUUGAGGGCUGGCCCAAACUGGUGGCAUGGCGCAGCCAGGUGGAGGAAGCUGUGGGGAAGGAGCUCUUCCAAGAAGUGCAUGAACGGAUCCUGAAUGCCCAGGAUUUGAGGAAAGUCCAGAUUGACCCACAGAUGAAGAAGGAAAUGAAACCUCUGCCGCUGAAGAUGCUGAAGUAGGAGGAAAUGUGAAGUAUUCCCUCACUGCUAGACUUUUCUGAAUGUAUUUCUAAAUCCAACCCCCAAAUUCCCCUGUUAUAUGCAGUUACACUGUGCCAAGAAGAAAGAACUUUCCACAGGUUUCACUUGAGUAGUGGAACUUUUGCACAUGUUCUGUCUUUAUCCUCUAACAGUGAACCACUGAAGGGCACUUUAAAAUUAGACCUUUUUUCCCUUAACCAUUGCCUUUUUGUCGCUUGAAGGAGACAGUGUGUGGUCCCCAGAAAAUUCACCCAUUACUAUCUCUCACAGGGCUUCCUCGUCGCAGUCCUCUUAAAUAUCCUCAUGCUGACUGUCAGCUUCUCUGCUCCUUGACAAUUUUGAAAAACUCAAAAAGAAUGCAGACUUCUAGCAGAGAGUCUUCAACCCCCUUCCACACAUAUGCUCUGGAUUUCUCUCUGUGAAAGCUUACUAAUCUCUGGGACAUUUUAGCUUCUUCGGGCAGCACACGUUCUUAUUUUCCUCUCCUCAUCCUGUAAUUGCCAGUGCCACUCUUCACAGAGGAGUGACUCAUUCCUUAAGGAAUUUUCUGUUCUAACCUCCUGUGCCCCAUCUAUCCAGGAUUAUGUGCUCUUAAAAUAUUGCUAGAAAUAAUGAUGCCGUUGGACACCCAAAGCAGUGCACUUUCUGUGCAGUUGCAUGCCCAGAAUACCAGCCAUCAGGUGUCUUCUAUCACGGGAAGUGCCAAAUCUUUUGUGCAAGUCUUGGAAAUGCACUGCCUGAUAUGCUGUUACUGCUAUAAAAUAGAAAUUAAAAAUAGAAACAAGCAUUUACUGUAGCUUAUUCACACGGAUAUAACAGUCUUUCAGCCAGACAGGUAACUCUGGCAUUCACAGUAAUGUCACUGCUUGUGCUUCCUAGACAGCUCAGCGCAGGAGUUGUGUAUUUUAUGUACCGAUAUUUUCUGAAUCUGUUUAGACUAUAUCAGACAUUUACCUCUCAGAUUCAUCAGCUGCCAGCGUGCCUCUUCAGAA